GUGAGAGACAGAGUGACAGGCAGCAUAUUUUCCGCUACAGUCCCACCGAGCUUCUUUUAUUGUGCGGACUGAUACCGGACUGAUUCCGUGGGUCUUGAUCGCGCGCUCUGUCCGUGGACGCUGCGCGGUCGCUUCUCAUUCCGGCCACUUUUAAACAUCUGGUACUGGAUACUAUAAGCUUUUUUUUUUGGGGCUGAGUGUCUUUGUUUUUCCAAUAUGUGCGUGACUAGUGAGUGAAGGAAUGAAGGUGUAAGAAAGUGCAUCUCUCUAUAAGGGAAUUUAUACUGUACAUCUCUUCACAGCACAUAAAGUUCUGCUGUAGGAUGCAGGGAUGAUGCCCGUUCGGCGCGUUAAGGCUCAGCCACGUGUGUGGCCGCUGAGCACCGAGCCUCCUCCCUGGGUGUGGACGAUGCCAAGUGCUGCAGGACUGUGUACUCUGAGCUCCACUCCUCAUGCGACCCUCCUUACCUCUGCCAGACCUCCUCCUCCUCCUCCUCCUCCUCCUCCUCCUCCUCUGCGUGCUAUCACAAGCUGGCAACUCUCUUGUGAUCCAUUCUUACCACCACUCAUCAGCCCACUUCCAGUGCCAAACGUUCAGUGGGAGCUUACAUCAAGGCCUCCCAUGCUGGGAUUUCAGCAUUCUGCGGGUGUUGAUCUGGUUCCUGUGUUCCCUGUUGUGUAUCGCACUGUACUUCAGCCACAUUAUGGCAAGUCCUGGCUGGAAAAACGCAGGCAUGACUACAAGGUUUAUCUAAAUAAUGCUUUGGAGACCUGGAUUGGGCCAGAGGAAGUGGGAAUUUUUCAGCAUCAGGAAAAGCCAGUGCUAAUGGCAAACCAAGUAGCGAUGAGCAUAUCAAGGCCAACAGCUGCCUCCAGGAAUUUCCACACUCUGCUUCUGACACCCAGGCGCAUUUCAGGUUGUCCAGUAGCCAUAAAACGAGUGCGGAGUAACAAGCGGAUGGCUCUGGCAACAGCGGCGCUGGUGGCUAUGGAAUCAGACAUGGCCCAGAGACCAUCAGCUUCCUCAGCUCACCCAGUACACUUGCUCUCAUUUUCCCCCAUUAAGAUCCCACUUCUGACAUCUCCUAACCCAGGACCUCGCAGCACAUGGGAAGGACUGUUGAGUCCUGUUCUGCCCACACAGCUCACUGCUAUGAGGUCCCUCUCUGCCCCUGCUGUGACCCUUCUAACUGGUGACUGGAAAGAUAAAAAGGCUCCAGAAAAGAAACUGGAAAUGAGAAAGCCAUCGUGCACAGGAGCAUUGGUGCUUCACUCUGAUUCGACACCAGAGGACAAAGUCGAGGAUGAGCAGUUUCAGAUUAGCCUGGAUAUUGACAACUCUUCUAAAGACAAACGGCCAGUUGCAUCCACUCCAGUGCCGGGAUCACCAUGGUGUGUGGUGUGGACAGGAGAUGAUAGAGUUUUCUUCUUCAACCCCACCAUGCAGCUGUCUGUAUGGGAAAAACCAGUGGAUCUAAAAGACAGAGGGGACCUCAACAAAAUCAUUGAAGAUCCUCCACAUAAACGCAAGAAGGACUUGUCGGAGGACAGCUCAAACUCCCCCUCAGCUGAUGAUGAGGAUGAGGGUGAUGAUGAAGAAGACCAUAUUUUGAAAUCCAAACGCAACAAAAUGGAAGAGCCAUCUAGCAAUUCUGUGUCUGCCAGUGAGGAGCAGAAUACAGAGAGGUGCACAGCGUCCAAUCAGAUGGUCCUACCACUCGAACUGCGGAUCACGCACUUCAGAGAGAUGCUCCUAGAGAGAGGGGUGUCUGCAUUCUCAACAUGGGAGAAAGAAUUACACAAAAUUGUGUUUGACCCACGUUACCUGCUUCUGGGACCAGAGGAGAGGAAGCAGAUAUUUGAUCAGUUUGCCAAAGCCAGGAUAAAAGAAGAAUAUAAAGAGAGAAAGAACAAACUCCAGCAGGCAAAAGAAGAGUUCAGGAAAUUACUGGAAGAAUCCAAAAUUACAUCCAAGUCAACUUUCAAAGAGUUCUCAGAGAAGUUCGGCCGAGACCCGCGCUUCAAACGUAUCCCCAAGCAGAAGGACCAGGAGCUGCUUUUCUCCCAGUUUGUUAGCAGCCUCAAGAAGCGUGAUAAGGAAAACCGAAUGAGGCUGAGAAAGAUGAGAUGAAGCCUCAAUAGGAUAUGAAAUAAACUAUUUUGUUUUUACAGAAUGCCUUCUUGACAGGAAUCAAGUCAAACUGCACAAUGACACAAUAUGCCACUGCAUCUGACUAAGUAAAUGAAACCCAUUGAAGCGUUUUUAUUUGAUCUCUGGAUUGUCAGAACAACAAAUGCACAAACAGCAAAGCACCAGAUCCAGACGGGUUUGACUUUAGAGGUAGUUCAACUCUGAGACUGAUCUGUUUCAUAUUGAAGCUCUUUAAAAUUCAAUGUUGCAAGAUGUCA